AGUUUCAAGGGGCAGUUUGGGGUGGAGUCUAAGCCGUCCAGAGCUUCCCAAGCUAAGGAAGUCAGGGACAAAGCAAAGUUUAACCUGUUUAGUUUACUCAAGACUCCCAUUCAGCCCUACUGAUACAUAAAGCGAGAGGCUGAGGCGAUGCCACACCCGUAUUAAAGACUUCAAUGGCAUGAGAGCCGCACCGCGCCCACAGGACUUUAUCCGAGCUCUUCUGUGAGGUACACGCAGUGUGGAGGAGUCCAGAGAAAUUCAACUACUGCAGACCACAUACACACACAACAGGAUGUAUGAACGCGCGCUGUUCGCGGUCUGGCUGCUUACUUUGGUAAUAUUUCAGAACACUGAGUCUUGUAAGUUGAGGCCUGUUCUUGCUCAGGUUCCUAAGAGACUGCCCGCGGGAUAUGUCAUCUCUGAGGGCACGGAAGAAUUGACCCUCAAAGGCUGUGCGGCCAAGCCCGUGACCUUUACUUCCAGUGACCCUGACUUCGCUGUAAACACAGAUGGAACCAUUGUCACAGUUCGUGGUUUGGUGAUUACAACAAAGCGGUUUUCUGUGCUGGUGCACGACGAGAGAGGUUUGGAUUGGAGGGUGGACGUUAUCCUGUCCUGUAAAAAUGAGGCACCUCAGAAGUCCAGCAGUGCGGCUCACAAGCGCAUUAAGAGAAGAUGGAGACCGUUGCCUUUUAAUCUUGUUGAGAAUGACAGCCCUCCAUUCCCAAAAGAUCUGGAGAUGAUUGCAUCUGAUUCCUCUGUAAAUUACACAGUGCAUUAUGAGAUCAGCGGGCAAGGUGUUACGACAGAACCUGUCGGCCUUUUCAUCCUCAUCAAGGAAACCGGCAUGCUGAGAGUGACCCGGGCCGUCGACCGUGAGCAGUACCCAGAAUACAAAUUUAUCGCUCGUGUGUUUGACCAAAAUGGCAGGGAAGUUGAUGAAUUUCUGCCCAUCACUGUGAUUGUGGAGGAUAAGAAUGACAACGCCCCUGAGUUCAUAGGAGGUCGUGUGUUCACUGUAGAAGAACGGUGCAGGGCAGGUACUUUUAUAGGAAAAGUGAAUGCCACAGAUAAAGAUCAGGCAAAUACCCUCCACACCAAGAUCAAGUUUACUCUGGUCAACGCUACCGACAUGUUCUCUAUUGAUCCUUCUACCGGAGUACUGACCGCUAAAACCAACACCUUAGACAGAGAGGCUCAGGACAAAGUCUAUGUUAACAUAGAGAUCAGAGAUAUGGGCGGCGCUCCUAAUGGGCUCUUCAACAGAGGAACAGUUGUGAUUGCUCUCACAGAUGUUAAUGAUAACCCUCCCACCUUUAAAGAGAAGUUGUACAAAGCCAAGGUCCAGGAGAACCAAGAAAAUGUGCUAGUUACUAGGAUCCCAGUGGAAGACAAGGAUUUGGUGAACACCCCCAACUGGAAGGCCCUGUUUGAGGUCACCAAGGGAAAUGAAAGUGGACAGUUCAGGAUGGAGACAGACCCCAAAACCAACGAGGGGCUUCUGUAUGUCAUGAAGGGAUUGGAUUUUGAAAAAACUCCAGUGGUGCAGCUGGAAAUUACUGCCCGUAAUGAGGUUCCACUGGUUGGGACUGACGCGACCUGGCUCUCUGUGCCACUCGAGCUCAGUGUGGGAGAUGAAGAUGAAGGACCAGAGUUCAACCCUGGCGUUCUAUAUCUCAAAGUCAAGGAGAACGUUCCCAAUGGAACCGUCAUUGGAACCUAUAAAGCUCUGGACCCAGAGACCAAGAACAGCAAUGGCAUAAAGUACUAUAAGAUGACUGACCCAGGUAACUGGAUCACUGUGGUGGAGAACACUGGAGAACUGAAAACAGCCAAUACUAUAGACCGAGAAUCACCUUUGGUCCACAACGACAAGUACAACAUAACCAUCAGAGCGGUGGAUGAGAGUAAGAAGAUAGGAAAGGGGAUGGUAAUCAUCCAGAUCGAAGACGACAAUGACAACAUGCCUGUGAUUCCGGGUACUGACCUGGUCAUCUGUAAUAAGGGUGAUAAGCUGAGCUCAGUUCUGGUUGAAGCUAUGGACCUCGACAAGCCACCUUACUCCACUCCCUUCAUUUUCGAACUUGGAGCAGAGAAUGAUGGGAAGUGGAAACUGAAGGAUAAAACAGAUUCCACCGUGAUGCUGGAACAGGCAGUGGUCAUGCCAAACGGUCUCUAUACUGUCCCUAUCUUGGUGAAGGAUCUGCAGGGAAUGGGGAAAGAGCAGACCGUGAAUGUGCGAGUGUGCUCCUGUGAGAGAGAGGACAAUGGAGCGGGAGUAUGUGGGGCUCGAAGUGCCUCCACCUCUUUGGGAAGUUUGGGAAUCCUUGCCUUAGUGCUCUCUAGCCUGCUGCUGCUACUGUUAUGUCUGUUACUCAUCUUCAUAUGCAGUACGAAGAGGGACAAGCUGUACAUCAGUGAUGAUACUGGAACAGGAGGAAUGCUGCUGAAAUCCAACACUGAGGCUCCUGGUGAAGAAGUGAAGGACGGAGCUUUGAUGAUUAUUCCUGGUGGAGAUGUAGUGGACGGGUCACUACAGAGCGGCGGCAUGGACAGUAAGAACGUGACAUCAACUGCAGGACGUUAUGGGCAGCAGUUCAUCCAGGGAGGUGGCGUGUACAACACCACCACUCAAGAUUUUGGGACAGAAAAGUACUACACAUCCGGACGCUAUGAUAACAACCUGUAUGGCAACGCCGUGUUCCAGAAAUUCUCAAAUACCAGUGCUCUCGACACAUGGAAAACUAAUGGACGCUACUUGGACAGAAAACUGGCUUAUUUCGGAGACGAGGAGGAGGGGCGGUACGCGGACGACCUGCUGAAGACUUAUGGGAAUGAGGGGGCAGGCUCUCUUGCAGGCUCUGUAGGAUGUUGUAGCCUCUUGGGCGAACAGGAAUCAAUGGACUUUUUGAACACUCUCGGCCCCAAAUUCAGACCACUGGCUGACGUCUGCUACACGACAAAAAAAACUGGAAACUAAAAAAAAGACGUGACUGAGAUAAGAGAGCGCCGUAUGCUGUUUGCCAGGGGCCGCCAAAGAACACUACAACAAAAAAAUCAUGUUUUUAAACUGUAUUUUUGUCUCAUUUCCCAGUAAAAUAUCUAAACAUCUUUAAAUCAAGAUGAAUUUACUUGAGAAGCAACAUUUUCUGAAUAUUAAAACUCUAUUUUUUGACACAUCUGCAAAACAAUGUUCUUGUUUAAAUGUAAAUCUCGUUAAAUAUGAUUAGAUUUAUGCUCAGAAAUAUGUGUUUAAAAAAAAUCUUAACCCCAAAAGAUAUAUUCCCUAAAAUAAGUCUUUAAUUUUGCUACUCGACUAAACUAGUUUUGAAGAUGUUUAGUUAUUUUUACUGGAAAACAAGAGAAAAAUAGUGAUUUAGAGAAUGAUUAUUGCAGUGUAUGUCUUUCUGCUGGAUUAAUCAAGUGCCUGUGUGCGUGUGUGUGUGUGCGCGUGUGUUAACUUUUGUAAGUCAAGUUUUUGUGUGUGUGAAUGAUGGAGAUAAGGUUUUCUAUAAUUGUCUGCUACAUUUUGCUCUGCUUUGCAAUCCUUUCCUCACAGAGCCGAGGAGGGACAGUUUAAAUAUUAGUAUACAGAAGAGACAUUAUUCUCUCCCCGAUCAAUUGCAAUUUUCAGCCGUGUGAAGUAUUAUCUGAGUCUAUAUUUACAAGACCAUGAUGAAGUGUGCUCAUAAACAUUUUUUGGGCAGCGUGUGGAAUUCCGAGCGCUCCUGAGCUCCAAAAGCACUGACGCCUGACAUCAACUCUGGACACUGAACUCAUCUUUAGGCCAUGAUGUAUUACUGGAGUUUUUGUGUUAUUUUCUUACAACUUGCUUAGGAUUUAUUUUUAAUUUCAAUGAAAAGAAACCAAAUAUGUUGUAUGUAUGUCACUUUAUACUUUUAAUGAAGAUGUUGGUGAAAGAAUAGGUAAAAAUUGGGAAAAACUACACUUAGAAGUACCUAUUUUUUAGCUCUAUGAUAUUUCAGUUUUGUUCUGACAGCACAUUUUAAUUUUUUUUUUUUUUUUUUGUAUUUGUGGUAAACAACAACAUAUCAGAAAUUUAGAGGGUUGUUCUGUUUUUAGAUUUAUUAAAGGGAUGUUCUUUGUAAAUAUUUUAAUAAAAUUGAUUACAGACCUUA